AUGGCUACGAUGAGCUUUGCACCUACUGGCCACCUUCAGGUACUGCGGGAUCCACCUGAUGAAUCUCAGGAUGGCAUCGAUAUUGUUCUCGUUCCUGGCAUCGGAACUAUCUUACCGGCAGAAUGGCCGUUUGCUAAAGAAGAAUGGCUUGCCACCCUACCAAGUUCCAGUGCUGGGACACGCGUCCUCGCCUACGAAUAUGCUUCGCCAUUUGCGACCGCCAAGCCUUCAUGGGAGUCGAUCUUGAUGCUAGGUCACGACCUUCUCCAGCAUAUAAGCGACGGGCGAUACUCAGACGCGACUGCCAACAAGCCAAUCUUGAUAGUCUGCCACAGCUUAGGUGGUAUUAUAGUCAAACAGGCAUUAUGUGUCGCCAACAAGCAGUUUAACCGGUGCGAAUCAAUUAUCAACGCUAUAGCUGGCGUUAUCUUCCUAAGCACUCCGCAUCGCUAUGGCGACAAUACCACCAGUUUGAUACGGUUUCGAGAUAUAUUUGAAGCGACGACCAGCAGAAACUUGAAUAUUCCAAGCACCAAUAUCGAGCAAGAAGGUGCCAUUUUGCUUGACCUUGCAGAUAGAUUCGAAAAAGUCUCAUUCAGUACCCCCAUACUAUCCGCGUACGAACUGAGAGAAUCGAAAACCAGUUCGACUACACUGCAGCAUAAAUACCAACAAUUGGUCAACCGUGAAGCUUGUUCAACUCGCGCCCGAAUGGAAACAGUCAUUGGCCUUAAUCUUAAUCAUCACGAUACAUGUCUUUUCACCCAGAGCGUUGGUGGCGAAAGUCUACCGGAGUUUAACAAUUUUGUCUACAACACUUUGCGUGCCGCCGCGCGUCUUUUUGCUAUUCAACUCAAGGACCAAGUUGACACAGCGCAAAAAAUUUCCGAUGCACUUGGUGGAAUGGCCAUUUCUCAGAUGGCUGGUAUUAUCCGUCGACAAGACCUCACUCUUUCAGAGUUUUUUGAGCUGUAUAUGGACCAUGAAGAACAUGCCAGUCCUUAUGAAACAAAGUUCGAUACGAACUUGGUCACAUAUCGUCACUCUCUCUCCACCGUAUGGGAAUUUGGGAAGCUCAAGCCUCAAACUCAACAGCUUUUGGAACUGAUAUCAUUUCUUGAUCCGGAUUCCAUCGGAGAAGACUUAUUGGAAGCAUCCGUGGAGCUGAUUUCCGAGGGCACAUCGUUUAAGAAAAGUAACUAUAUUGAGGCUCGAACUGAUCUCUUGCAAUCAUCUCUGGUCCAAAGAGAUAAGCAAAAGCAGCAAAUAUCAGUUCAUCGCAUUGUGCAAGAUGUGAUACUAGCAACAAUGGAUGUUGAGAAGAAACGGUCCAUGUUUGACCAAGUGGUACGAAUUCUGUGGGCAGACUGGCAUCGGCUAUGCCAAAGCCAUCAAGGGAGCCAGAGCUACCACAGCCCAAAUCCUCUGGCAACAGGUUAUAUGAUGCAUCAGCUCUGGCCAGCUAUAUCAGAUUCCUCGGAGGCUACCAAAUUGCUUUUCGCAAAGUUACUGACUGAUGCAGCAUGGUAUCAAAAAGAGCGUGGACGGACAAAGCAAUUUGAUGGCUUCUUCGAAACUGCUCGCAGCAUCUGCGAGUCCUCAACACACCCAGAUCGGGAUUCCCUGCUUGCAGAUAUCCAUUUCUGCCUAGGAGCUAUAGCCAUGGAUGCGAGCAAUUUCGGCACAAGCCGCAUCCACAAGGAGCGUUCUUUUGAUCUAGUUUCCAAAAUUUGCAACGAACUUGGAACUGCAGACGACAGAUUAUACCUCGCCUACGUAGAACGAGGGAUCUCACGGAUCCAGGACGGACGGUACGAGGAAGGGGAGGCCGACCUAAAGGAGGCGCUGCGGAUACGCAAGGCUCUCGGUAACUACAUUCCGCGGUCUGGCGAGGCCAACCUGAGCUGGGCUCUCCUUUUGCAGGGCAAGAUUGAAGAGUCCAACACACUUCUUCUGGAUAGCCUGGCCGGCAGAGAAAAGGCUUUAGGUAAGAAUGACAGGGAAUCCGUCCGGACCGGUCUGAUUUUAUAUGCACUUGGCAACCUCCAUGCUGCGCAAAGCCAGUGGGCCGAGAGCUUUAAAUAUCACCAGAGAGCGUGGCAUCACAUGCGCGAGACGGUGGGUGAGAGGGACUUUUACACACAAAAUGCUCUGAAAUCUUAG